AAAUGUCAUCGGAGGUGAAGGAAUAAGGUACUUUACUUCGAGUGCCGAGUUUGCUGGGUGCUUAUAUCAGUUUGUUCGUUUCGAUUUAUAUUACAGUGCGGCUAAGUGAGUGAAAAUGUUCAGAGCUGCGAUUUUCGAAUAUUCAGUUCUGUUGCAAAACGUGAACAAAGUAACAGAUUGUCAAAUAGGCCGGUGUAGUUCCUCAUUGAAAAAUUUGUUUGAUGACUUCUUUCAGACAUGGUCGUCUGUGAAAAGCAGCGCGAAAAAUUAUGCAACCGAUGCUACAUUUGAAACAAAACCAUUUAAACUACAUCGUUUAGAUGUUGGUCCCGAAACACGAGUAACUGUAACGAAGGAUGAAGCCCGGCACCUGUAUACACAAAUGCAGACGAUCCGACGAAUUGAAACAUCCGCUGGUAACCUUUAUAAAGAAAAAAUUGUUCGCGGGUUCUGCCAUUUAUAUUCAGGACAAGAGGCGUGCGCUGUUGGAAUGAAGGCCGCCAUGCGCCCACAAGAUAAUAUUAUUUCUGCUUACCGUGUUCAUGGCUGGACAUAUUUAAUGGGGGUCUCAGCAACCGGAACCUUGGCUGAAUUGACAGGUCGCCAGAAAGGAUGUGCUCGCGGAAAAGGAGGUUCUAUGCAUAUGUAUGCUCCUAAUUUCUACGGUGGAAAUGGUAUUGUAGGAGCACAGGUUCCCUUGGGAGCUGGUGUCGCAUUGGCGUGUAAGUACAAAGAAAAUGGCGGAGUUUGUCUUACCUUGUAUGGUGAUGGUGCUGCCAAUCAAGGACAAGUUUUUGAAGCAUAUAAUAUGGCGAAAUUGUGGAAAUUACCUUGUAUAUUCGUUUGUGAAAAUAAUGGUUAUGGUAUGGGAACGAGUGCUGAACGAGCAUCGGCCAAUAUAGACUAUUACACCCGAGGUGAUGUUAUUCCUGGAAUCUGGGUGGACGGGAUGGAUGUUCUUGCCGUAAAAAGCGCCACUAAAUUCGCCAUCGAUUUUGUUAAUAAAAAUGGACCUUUGGUAAUGGAGAUGUUUACUUAUCGAUACUCAGGGCAUUCAAUGUCUGAUCCUGGAACAAGUUAUCGCACCCGCGAAGAAAUUCAAGAAGUACGAGCGAAGCGUGAUCCAAUUGCUUCGUUUAAAGAGCGCAUUUUAGAAACAGGCUUGCUGAAUCAAGAGGAAGUGAAAGAAAUCGACACAAAAGUAAGAAAAGAAAUCGACGAAGCGACAGCUACAGCGAAAUCUGAUAAAGAAAUUCCAAUGGAAGAGCUUUGGACUGAUGUCUACUCAAAGAAUUUGGAGCCAAAAAUACGAGGUAUUCUUGCUUUUGAUAUUCAACACCGCAAACUCAAUGUUGGAGCUAAUGAAAAAUAAUGAAUAAUUAGAAAACAAUGGAGAAGGAUAAAAAAUAAACCGGAUUUCUGUUAAUAUAUUUUAUGUUUAAAUCACACUGAAGAAAAAAGCAUGUUAAUUCAAAAAUGGUGUAUAGAAAGCUUAUUAAAGAAAUUUCGAAUAAAAAUAA